AUGUUUUGCAUGGAAUGUGGGAGAAGCCUCGCUGACUUCGCGAAAUUUUGUGGGAAUUGCGGAGCUCAAGUUCAACAUGUUAAAGAUAAAGAUUCAGCUACAAGUGGCAGUCGGGCAAUAGAGGUUGGAUGUCUCUCACCAGAUGCAAAGAAAAGCCUUGCAAUACUGAAAGCAAAAUAUUUGCCAAAGAAGAAAGAGAUAAAAGAAAAGAAAGGGGAGAGGAGCAGUGUGAAUGAAAUACAAAUCCAAAUUAUGGAUGGAAAGAAAAAGGCACUUAAACGAGCAUUUCCUAGUGAAACUGGUUUAACAGGGACUUUAAAGAUGCCAGUAAAACCUGGAGAAAAUGCGAAGGACUGGAUGAAAAGAUUAACUAGCCAAUUCAGGGGAAAGAUAUCCUUUGUCCCUUUUAUUAUGGGACCAGGGGGUUUACAGGAAUUAAGUGAACCUGCAGCAUUUAAUAUAGAAAAUCUUUCUGCUUUAAAAACCCAAAGGAAGGCCAAGAUAUAUGCCUUAGCUAAAGGAAAAGGUGAGAAAAGCCCUAUAAUUUCAAGUAUAAUUUACUAAGAAUUUGAUACUAAUUUUCUAAUUCAACUAAGGUAAGAGCUAUGAAGUA